UGCGAGAAUAAAAAGAGAGAAGAUGGGAUUUGGAGAGUUGGAAAUCCUGAAAGCAAUGAACUUAUAUCAGCAUUAGCAGCAGGAAUGAAAGCAAAACUGAUAGUGGAAGUGACUUCUUGUGUGUCCCUUUAUACCAUAGCUCUAGCAGUUGCUGCAAGACAAACUGCUGGCAGAUUCCUUUGUUUUAUCCCUAAAUCACUCCUUCGUCAAUCCAAAGAAGCCAUCAUGAACUCAGGUCUUGCAGACCAAGUAGAAUUUAGAACAGAAGAUCCCUCCAAGCUACUAUCUCUCUAUCACAACAUUGAUUUCUUUCUAGUUCAUUGCAGGGAUGACAACUACACAAGGUUGCUCAACUUGGUAGAUGUUAGUAUGAAAAGAUCAGUAAUAGUAGUGGCAAAGCAUGUGCUUUGUGAUAAAAAAGGGCUGAGAUGGCAUAUAAGAGGAAAACAUGAACAACCAGAAGUAAGAUCUCUAAGCCAUCUUGGGAAUGCCAUGGAAGUUUCAAGGAUUUGCAUGAAUGAUGACAGUGAUAAGAAAAGAAGAAAAAGUUUAUGGAUUGCAAAAUUUGAUGAGGAGAGUGGUGAAGAACAUAUUUAUAGAGUACCUCAGGUUGAUUGA